AUCUCGCACAUGUACUCUUGUCUCGAGCGUCAUUUGCAUAAUUUCCUGUUCAUGGCGGAAGGCGUCUUUGGGGCAAAAUACAGUUCUCUUAGACGACAUUUGUAUAUCCAUUAUGUCUGAGGCCUCUUCAUCUCCUAAAAGGCCUCGACUUGAUUAUGAUGAUAGCUCAGAGAAAGAGGAUCGUUACGAAAAAUACAAGACUAGAGAUCGUGAUCAUGAUGAAUCAAGUUUUUUGCCAUCCAAAACUAGAAAGCGUUCUGAACAAGACGAGGAGGAAAUCAAAGAAGAAGAAAACAAAAGUAAAAAUGUUACUAUGGAAACUGCACGAAGGGAACACACUCUUGUUAUGCGAUUAACUAGCAAAGAACAAGAGCUUCAGGACUGCAUGAACCAGAUCCAAGAAAUGAAACAGGCACAGACUCAGAAUACAGCUCAGUUGAGAUCCAUGCUGCUUGACCCAGCCAUCAAUCUUGUGUUUCAACGCAUGGCCAAAGAGAUGGAUGAACAUAGAGAAAAACUGAAGCAAAAACAAAAUGAACUCAGUGCUUGGAAGUUCACUCCAGACAGUCAGACUGGUAUGCGUCUGAUGGCCAAAUGUAGGAUGUUACUGGCUGAGAAUGGAGAGCUGGGUAAAAUGAUCUCCUCAGGGCGCACUGCAAGGCUGGAGGGUGAAAUAGUUCUACACAAAGCCCUAGUUACUGAAAUGAAAAAGAACCAAAAAGAGCUGGAUGAAUUUCUGCGAGAACUGGAUGUUGAUGUUGAGGGCAUGCAAGGCAUGAUUUUGUUGCUUCAGCAGCAAUUAAAAGAUGCUAGAGAACAGAUAGCACGCUUACAGCAAGAAAAUGAUCAAUUAAGGACGUUACAGCCUCCUGAUUCUGAAGUAGGUGAGGUUUUAAAAGAAUCCAGUCCAGGGCCUGCACACAGCUGGCCUACAAAUGAUAGUUCCAAUCAAGACUUAAACACUUCAAGUCCCCAUGUUGUCAACUCUGUAACUGAUAUGUGGCCUGACCAUGGGACUACCAAAUGUGCACCUGUGUCAUCACCUUGUCUUUCAGUUACUUCAGGUCAAAAUCAGUCAGACCACAUCAGUGCUCAAAAUUCAGAUGCUGAUUUGGCUGUGGAUUCAUUUGCCUGCAAAGUGACUCCAGAUUCUGGCAUGCAAACCCAGGAAGAUGAAGAGGCAUCAUUAGACAAUCUUUAUAACAAAGAAUCCAGCUCCAAUCCCACCACAUGUUUACUCAAUGAUAACAGGACAGGUCAGCAGGUCAUAGCUGAUAGUACUAAAGAACAAGAUGUUACAGACAGUUGUAUGGAAAGGACAGACUUCUCAAAUGAUGUGCUUGAGGAUUCAAUUAAGAUAGAGACUUCUGAAUAUUCCUGUCUGUCAGAGGACAAGACAGCGUUACACACUUCUUUAGGUUUAAACAUCUUGAUGAGGGGUGAGGAGGAUAAAUUAGAUUGUCAGACUAGAUUGAGUUUGCUGAAUGGAACAAGCCUUCCAGGACAAGGGCUUUGAGGUACAACUACACCUUCAUCCUACCUUUUUUUUCUUGUCUGUGUUGACAAAACUCCACAGAUGUGUUGGUGCUGUGUUAGGUUGUUUUUGUUUUAAGGUCACUAAGAUAGACUGACUGAAAUGAACCACAAGAGUUUUAUGACUAGUGUGGCCUAGUUGUGAUCUCCUACUUCUCAAUUCUUUAAUCCUAUUGUACAAUUUGUUCUGUUGCUGUUAUGUUUUACCUUGAAAACCAGCAAUGACAACUAAUUGGUUAAAAAUGCAAAGAAAUUCUGCUUCUCUUUAACAGUAAUUGUUGAGCAAAGUCAUUACUUGUUUUAGCCAAAUUUUUAUGGAGACAUUUAUUCUAAGUUAAAACAAAAUACUGGUAUACUUUUUUUUUUUUUUUUUAGUAAAGUUUUUUUUUUAGUGUGGUUACUUAGCAUUAUUUCUUAUUUACCUUUUUUUUUAAAAAUCAUAUAUAUAUAUAAAGUAAAAGUUUAUCUAAAAAAAUGCUUGUCGGAAACACUUAAGUAUUUUUGCUAGUACAUAAUAAUUGAAUUAUAUAUAGGUGAAUUGUUAGUAAGUCAGUAGCUAGAAAUCAUUUGUCAGCAACAUGGAUGUAAUAAUGAAAGAGAAAAAUCACUGAUCACUACAAUAGCAUGAAGAGUGAUAAGGAUCUUUGCAAUUUUAUUUGUAAAUGAAAGCUCUUACAGAAUGUAGGCUUGAUAUUUUUCAGCUACUUUAUAAAUAGAAUACUUUUUGUACUGAAUUUUUUUUUUCGGUAUGUUUCUCUUUGUGAGUCACAAUGAGCCAAUCUUUCAAAUAAUUUUUUUUAAAAAAUAAGAUCAUCACUGGCAAGAUCCUUUGAUAAUCAUCUGCUAAUUUUUGAAAAUUAAAUGAAUUGAACAUAUCUCUCAGUAAACACAGACUUAAGUUGAAGUUGUGAUAAUUGUAGCUAGCUUAGUUGAAAGCAGUUGUCUAGAUUUUUGUCAGCUUCUUUUCUCCAUUAUUUUGUGAAGAUUUAACUUGGGGUGCAUUAUGUUUAGAUCCAUUUUUGUAUAGUACACAUGGGCCUCAACAUUACAUUGUGAUUUUAAUGAUUGUAUAAAUGAAACAUUUGAAUGUGAUGUUACAAACUUGUAGUGAAACAUUUUCUACUUUUAGAAUUUUUUAACAUUUUUUUAAAACAUAUUUUAAUGGCAAAUUAAAAUAUAAAUGGUAAUUUAUUUUGCAAAAGAAAAAAUGAAUUAGACCUAUUUACUAUGAGUUGAAAUUGUACAAGCUUUGUAUGACAGUAUUGACUAGACAUGUAGACAUGUUUGGUAUAUACUUUGUCUGAACUACAAAGUGUUUAGUUGAGUCAGAGAGACACAUAAAACUUAAGUACAAAAACUUGGCUCAAAACUUGAAGGGCAGAACAUGUAGCUAUAAAUUUAAGCUAUAUGUUUAACAAUUGCUAUGUUAUUGUCUUUGUUGUUUUUUUUUUGUCUGUAAUUCUCUGAUGAAUUUCAAAUAUUUUCUUAAAAACAAAAACAUAAGUUAUUUCUAACAAAUAUUAACAAAAGAUUAAAUUUUACUGAAUUAAAAAUGAACUCUGAGCGUUAAUGUCUUCACAGGGUAAGUUAGUUGUUUUAGAUUGAGCCUAGAUAUCUUAAAUGUUGAAUCUUUAUUUCAGCCAUUUAUAAAUUAUAGUAAGUCUUGUAUCAAAAAUACCUAGUUAUUGAAAUACUAACUUUAUUUCACGAAAAAAAAAAUGCCUCUGGCUUUUUAAUGGAAUUCAAAUGCAAAUCAGUACAUAUAGCACCUAAACAUGUUAAUGCCAUAGCAUUUGGGACAAAAACAAAACAAAUGAAUGGCUGUUAAUAAUACUUUUAACUCUAUUGGUUUCAGAAUGAAUGAUCAAACUGACAAUUUAAACAGUGUCAUAGUGCAUUGUUUUCACUCUGAGUUAACAGCAUAUUCAAAGCUCAGGUGUUGAGUUAGCAGUAUUAUAAAUUGGCUACAUUGGACAUAUGAAGAGUUGGCAAUGCAUGAUGCAUUAAACUUACAUUUUGACUAUUUCAAAAGGAUAGUUGACACAAUUAAUUGCAGUCUGACUAAAAAUAACACUUAUAUUAAAUCUUGGUGUAGGUUAAAGUAGCAUUAGUUGUCUGAAUGACACUGCAAUACUUAUCAGAUUUCAGAAGUUUAUUAUCAUAUUUUGUAAACACAAGGUCUUGUUUUUAGAAUGAAGUGGUUAUAAUAAUCUAUGAAAGGAAUGAUGUUUUUAUGUAGACCAUAUUCUUUAUGAUGCUCAAAAUGAUCUGUAGAUUGUGGUGUACACCUUUUUUUUUUUGAUUAGUUCUAGUUUUAUUUUUCUAUAAAACUUGUCCUACUAGCACUACAAUAAUCUCAGUUUCAGGCUGCAUAACACAGGAAUGACAAACUCAGUUGAAAGGCACACUGUUUUAAUAGAGGUAAACACUAAUCCAAAACAAAGCAGAACAGAUAGAAUCAAAUACAAUAUGUUACUGGUAGGUAAGAUUACAAAGCCAAAACAGAAAUACACUAAAAAAAAAAGACAAAAAUCAUCUAUAAAUAGAAUAGUAAUAUGCUAUUGUGGCUGUUAUUUUAUAACAUUAUUUAUAUUUAGCAAAAUAAAAUGACAUCUUUCAGCAGAACAUAAAACAAAGAAUGGUAAUAUACAAUUGCAUUGCAAAUGAGAAACAUGGUACAGUAUUUAUAAAAAGAAAUCAUGGUUGUUUUACAAACUUUAAUCAUAAAACAACAAAAAAAUCAUUACAAAAGUGUAGAAAAUAUUCUUGGUAUGUGUACACAUGUGAGCAGAAAAACAAGAUUUUAUCUUAUGUAGAUGUCGAGAAAUUGCUUGUGGAAAAAAUGUACUGUUGAAGCACAAGUGGUUUGUACUAAACAUAACUUGUAACAAAAGUUGCAGUUAUGAUCAUAAACUUGUAUCUUUUUAUAUUUCUUGUCCCCCAUGAAAGAUCAUGUCUAAAUCAUCUUUUAUUUCUGUCCAUUGGCUCAAUUCUUAAAACAGGAAGUGUAUACUUUCAAAUAAAAACAACCACCAGCAAAUGAUUGCAAACAGCAAUAAAAAUUUUAUUUUCAAUAAAUGUUAUGUUUUUUAAUAAAAGUUUUUGUUAAAAUCCAGUUCUUCAUUAACCCUGUCUAAAAUUAAUUAUACUGUAUAUAUAGCAUUCAAACUGAAUUUCCAUUUGUUUGAAUCAAUAAAAUUAUCUUAAAUAUACAUAGAAGCACGAUGACCCUGAGUUCUUACAGAUAACACUGUCCACUAGAUAUAAUUGGCAAAAAUCUUUUAAAAAAAUAUUCUAUGUUUUUUUUUUUU